AUGGAUACUGGGACUGUCAGUGGGCAGUACCACUAUAUGUAUCAUGGCUAUCUUUUUGGUCUGCAAAUAGCCGGCAAAGAAGAAAGUAAGCCUCCUACAGAGCAGGGCCCGUUUUGGCAACUCUGCUCCCAUACACCAACACCAGGCGGAAUCCAUCACCCCAAACCGGCUGGCCGUACUGUGUGUAUUACUCGCCAGCAACCCUUCCUCUUAUUCCCAGCAAGCAAGCAAGCAAGCAGCCGCGAUCUCCCCGAUCCAUCCUCAGGGGUCCGAGCCUUAAGACAUUCGCCAUUAUUGACAUGGGGGCAUGGGUGGGAGGGGCACCAAGGCCCCACACACACUAAGAGAAAGAACCCCACUGCCACGCUAUGGUGGGAAUCCGGACUAGGGAUCCGGAGCGGACCUGGCUUCCCUGCCCUUGCCCUUGCCUGGAUGUCCAUGUCUCUGUUCCUGGUCACGGUUCCAAUCCCAGUCCCAGUCUUUGGACAGAACUCGCCUCAGGGUAGUAAGUAUUUUGGUUUGAUUUGGGUGGGCGUCAAAGUAUUGUAG